CUCGCUCCGCGGAGUCCGUCGUCGCAGUUGAGUUGACGAUUCCACACCGCUUCUACAUUUCUUCCCCACCCCACGCACGCACACCGGUGCGUCGCCGUCGCAAUCAUACUCGGGACCUCUUCGGUUCCCCUCCCCCCUCCACCUUCCCUCCCCGGCUAUUCCACCCCCCGCACCAUACGUCUUCCGACGCCCGACGCGGACGGCGAGCCGCUGCUGCUGCUUCCGCUGCCGGAGGAGGAGGAGCAGGGGCACCGGGGCCAGCGGGAGGACGAGCAACAGCGGGAAGCCGGUCGCUUGGGGCUGUGCCACAUGCCGCUCUGGGGGUCCGCCGCGUCCGCGCCGCCGGCAGCCGAGGGCGACGCCGCCCGCGCACCAUCCGGGUCCGCCGGCGGCAGCGGCGGCGGCGGCGGCGGCGUCAAGGUGAUCCGGUCGCUGCUCCCCACCCGGCGCCGCCUCCGCCUCGACCCGCCCGCCAAGCUUUACUUCCCAUAUGAACCCGGCAAGCAAGUCCGGAGUGCUGUCAGGAUCAAGAACAUCAGCAAGUCCCAUGUAGCCUUCAAGUUCCAAACGACUGCACCCAAGAGUUGCUUCAUGAGGCCUCCUGGCAGCGUACUUGCUCCAGGGGAAAGCAUCAUAGCAACAGUUUUCAAGUUUGUGGAGCAUCCGGAGAACAAUGAGAAGCCAUUGGACAAGUGCAAGGUUAAGUUCAAGAUUGUCAGCCUCAAAGUCAAAGGGCCGGUGGAGUAUGUCCCUGAAUUGUUUGAUGAGCAGAAAGACCAGGUUGCAGUCGAGCAAAUUUUGCGGGUAGUAUUCUUGGAUGCUGAGCGCCCAAGCCCACAAAUGGACAAACUCAAGCGCCAGCUUGCUGAAGCAGAAGCAGCGCUAGAGGCACGCAAGAAACCUCCAGAGGACAAUAGUCCCCGUAUUGUUGGUGAAGGCCUUGUGAUUGACGAAUGGAAGGAACGAAGAGAGAGAUACCUUGCUCGCCAGCAGAUCGAAGGUGUUGAUUCAGUGUAGACACGAGGCAGCCCUGUAAACUAUGCAAGAUUGAACAUACCAUUUCAUGGGCAGUUGUCAAAUGGUUUUGGAGCUUAAUGUGAAAGUUCGGAGCAAUCAAGCAACAAUGAGGCUUUGUGUAAUUAGGAUUUGAGCUUCACGAACUUCUGUCUUGGGUCUGGAUGUGUGUAGAUAAUCAGCCGCUUCUUUUGAUAAUAAUACCUCCUGUUCUAAGCCAUGUACUCAGUGUUGUGGAAUGUGGGACUCAACAUGUGAAUGUGAUACAUUCCCUAGCUGUUGUCCUGUCAAUAUUAGAAUUGUAAUAUCAAAAGACACACUCCAAGGUGAUUAUUUAGUGAUAGUUCUGCCAUCAUGUUACAGUAAUUCUUC